AUGAGAGACCGAAUUGGAAUAGCCUUCAAAAAUACACCUAUUCCUAUUAAUCCAGAGAUAAUAGAUGAUUGCUGCAAGAAUAGCAACAUUGAUACAGUGCACCAUUCCAGCCAUUUUCAGUGUCCAGUAUGGUUGAGUUCAUUCAUUCUGUGCUUCCUGGUAGAUUACUUGCUGGAGCGUGCUAAAGGCAGCGUAUUGUACGGUUUCAAGGGAGGUCCAGCUGGAAUCAUGAGGGGCAAGUAUGUGGAACUUACACCAGAAUAUAUUUACCCGUACAGAAACCAGGGUGGUUUUGAUAUGAUAUGUAGUGGAAGAGAUAAAAUUGAAACUCCAGAGCAGUUUCAACAAGCUGCAGAUACUGCCGCGAAGCUUGAUUUGGAUGGACUUCUUGUUAUUGGUGGGGAUGACUCGAACACAAAUGUCUGCCUCCUUGCUGAGAAUUUCAGGGGAAAGAAUUUGAAAACUCAGGUGAUUGGGUGUCCAAAAACCAUUGAUGGUGACUUGAAAUGCAAAGAAGUCCCAAUAAGCUUUGGGUUUGAUACUGCUUGCAAGAUAUAUGCAGAAAUGAUUGGAAAUGUCAUGAUAGAUGCCAGAUCAACUGGAAAAUAUUAUCACUUUGUGCGGCUUAUGGGGCGUGCAGCUUCACACAUAACACUUGAAUGUGCUUUGCAAACUCAUCCAAACAUUACAAUUAUUGGAGAAGAGGUUGCUGAAAAGAAGUUGACACUGAAAAAUGUUACAAAUUACAUUGUUGAUAUAAUCUCCAAACGUGCCGAACUUAGUUAUAACUAUGGUGUCAUACUUAUUCCUGAAGGUCUAAUUGAUUUCAUUCCAGAGGUGCAACAACUUAUCGCCGAACUGAAUGAAAUUCUGGCCCAUGAGGCUGUCGAUGAAGAUGGGCAAUGGAAAAAGAAACUUGAUGAUCAAUCAUUACAGCUUUUUGAAUUUUUACCUUCAGCAAUCCAAGAGCAGUUGAUGCUUGAAAGAGAUCCUCAUGGAAAUGUUCAGGUUGCCAAAAUACAGAUAGAGAAGAUGCUUAUUCAAAUGGUUGAAACUGAAUUGGAGAAAAGGAAUCAAGCAGGUGCAUACAAAGGUGGAUUCCAAGGACAGUCUCACUUUUUCGGGUAUGAAGGAAGAUGUGGUCUGCCAACUAAUUUUGAUUCUACCUAUUGUUAUGCAUUGGGUUAUGGUGCAGGAGCUCUCCUUCACAGUGGGAAAACUGGAUUGAUAUCAUUGGUGGGGAAUUCGGCUGCUCCAGUUGAAGAAUGGAUCGUUAGUGGGACAGCUUUAACUGCACUAAUGGACGUGGAGAGAAGACAUGGAAAGUUUAAGCUUGUGAUCAAGAAGGCCAUGGUGGAGCUUCAAGGUAAUAUCUUAGAAGCAGACUAUUUACUUUGGAAGAUAACUGUUGUGAAAGAACUUUCUAAGAGGCUGCAAUCAAAGAGACCGAGAAUGAAACUUGUCUUGUCACAGCUAUUUUCCCAGAACACCACAAAUCUUGAAAAUAUGGCUUUUAAGAAGGCUUUUGUAGAAUCUGGUGACCAAUCUCAUGUUAAGGAACAAAUUGGUACCAUGACUGAGAAAAUUGGCAAUUCUGACAAGGUUACAUCAAAGGUUUCUGAAGCUUGUAGCAGUAGUAGUACAAAGUCAAAGGUUUCUGAAGCUAGUAAUAGUAGUACAAAGUCAAAGGUUUCUAUAACCAGUGGUAUUAGUACAGAGACAGUGGUUUCUGAGCCCAGCAGAGAGUCAAAGGUUCUAGUACAGGAAAUAAAGAAAAAAGAUGCUUGUUGCAUUCAGUGA